GAGCAAAAUCAAAUAAUUAAUAGAUUUCUCAUAAAAAUUUCAAAAUAAGCUAAUUUAAAACUCAUAAAAAACAAAAUGAGAUGGCUAAUAUACAAGCUAAUUAUAUCAGUAUCCCUCCCAAUCAUACUUGGAGUAGGAAUAGUAUUAGCAAUAUUUUAUAAAAGUCUGUUUAAUGCUCUCCAGCAGUGGGAAUAAGAUAGUAAUGUAUGGAUUCAUUCAACGCAAUAAUAGUUAUUACACAAUUCAGUUUUCUCUCAACAUUUAAUUGAAGAAUAUAGCUUCAACCAAAUGUAAUUACAUAUGGUGAUAAUGAAGAGCCUUUAUAAUUAGUAUUAAAACAAUAAAAUUACCAUUAAUUAAAAAACAACUUUUACAAUCUGCUCAUAUAGAGAACUAGCUUUUAACCAGUGUCCAGAAAAUGUUUAUAAUCAAUUGAAUUAAAACUAAUUUUAUGCUGACUUAUAUUUUGUUCGAUAAGUUUUUAAAUUUGAUCUACUUACUCCUCAGUAACAGUAUUUUAUCAUUAUGAAUGAUUUUUUGUCAUUUUAUGGAAGGGCUGCUUUCUAUUCAUCUCAAAUUAGUUAAACUCUCUUGCAAAUUAUAUUUAUAUAUAACGCAGAUACUACUUCACUUGAGUAUGGAAUUCCUUCUGGAUUCUAUAAUUACACACAAUCAGAUUUUGAAGAUUGCUUUGGUAAUAAUUUUAUUGAGCCUUUUGAUCCAAGAUGUAGGCCAUGGUAUAAAUAUGCAUAAAACCAUUAAGGAUAUUUUUUUUAUGAGCCAUAUAUUGAUGCUAUAAUGGGAAAUUUACUUAUGACCCUCUCAAGCUAAGUUAGAGAUAGUUAAUAAAAUUUUUAUUCUGUAGAUAGUAUAGAUUUUAGUAUGUAAAGCAUAGUAUAGUAAUUUAACUCAACUUUAAAUGACAAUGCAUAUUCGGUAUUGCUACAUGAAUUUAACAGUACAAUUUUUUAUCAUCCUUUAUUACAAAACUCAAGUCUAGAAUCUUGGGGAGAUUUAGAAUUUUAAAAUAUAACAACAAAUUGCUAAAGCUUAAGUGAACUUUAAGAUUGCUUAACUGAAAAAUAAUAAUUUGAGUAAUAAGUAAAUUAAAGCAUAUUAUUUAUAUAAAAUGGGGAAUAUGAUAUUGAUAAUCAGAUCAAUACAACAUAAAUGUAUCAGUAUUGGUCUCGAUAUGGUGUAAAAUUAAUAAGUUUAGUUUACCCAGUUAAAAGUACUAUUAAUGGCAUAAAUACUUAACUCCCUUAUUCAUUUGCUACUAUACUUACUGCUAGAGUUAUUAAAGAUAAUAGUGAUAAACUGAAACUGUUCAAUCUUUUUAAUGAAAACAUAAUUGAAAUACCUUUAAUUAUAGAAUUUAUUAUAAUUAGUAUUUCAGUCUUCUUAUUUAUUUUUCAUUAUGGAUAUUUUUUAAAGCAUCAGAUAUAACAUCCUAUAGAGUUACUUAUAAUUUUUUUAGAAAGAAGUCUGAUGCAGUAACAAUCUUGUAACUAAUUUCUUUUAAAAAAAGAAAAGUGCAAUAUAAUUCGUAAAAGUUAGCUGUAUUCAAAUAAAAAUGCAAAUUAGAAAGUAAAUAAUAGAAAAAAAGGCAAUACAGAUUAGGAUUUUUAAAAUUAAAACUAAAUUAUUGAUACUCCUUUACUAACAUCUGGGAAUAAUGGAUAAAUAUUUAAUUUUCUAAGUCUAGAAGAGAAAAAAAAUGAUGAAUAAAGAAUGUUUACACUAUUAUCAAAAAAUAACUUAUUGUACCCUUAAAACCCUGAAGAAGAGGUAUUAAUAGAAGAAGGUGAAAGAAUAGCUUAAAAAAAUAAUAAACCUUCAAAUCUAAUUAAUAAUUCGAAAACAUUAAUGAACACAUCUCAUAGGAAGUUAAAUUAAUAAGAAUAAAAUAUUCAGAAUAGCCCAGGAUAGCAUUUAUUUUCCAAUUAAUAUGAAUCUCCUUAUUAAAUAACUCAAUCUUAAAGAGGAAAUUCCCCUCAUUAAAUAAAAACUUUAGAUGAAUCUGUAUAUAGUUUAGGAUAAAAUUCGAAAAGUAGUGGCGGUUAUGAUUACAUCAACAAGCUAGAACGAGAAUAAAUUAAUGACAAAGAAAAUAAAAACAAAAUCUUAAAUGGCUUGUAACCCAUGUUUAAGGAAAUGGAAAUUAUCAAAGAAACAUUUUAAAAUCUUGAAAAUUUAAUUAAUUAUCAAAUUGAUGCCUAUACUCAAAACUCUUAAGAUACUAUGAAUACUUUAUUUCACUUUAGCAAAGCCAAAUCAACAUUUUAAAAGUUGUAAAAUGAAUUAGGUUUAGGUCGUUGUUACUUUAAUUUAGGAGUAAUAUACUUGUUAAAAUCGGAAUAUGAUUUAGCUUCUGAAUAAUUUGAAUCAGCCUUAAUGAUAAAUUUACGAUAAAUCGGAGUAGACACAGUGGAAGAGAUUAAUGACAAAAUAUUCUUAACCUUUGAUAGCUAAGAGGACGAAUUAACUCUUUUUUGCAAGAGAAUAUUUUCGCUGGCUUAUUGCUUAAAAUCUUAAGCCUUUUAGUCAAUUUAUAAAUAAAAAGAAGAUAUUAACUCAAAUUACGCUUAUGACUUUUCUCAAUACUAGGAAGUAUUUUAGGUAUAUAAUCAAUAGAAUAAAUCUUUGCUUAAAAAAUCUUUUGAUCUUUAUGAAAUCAUUUAAUAGAUCAUUUUUAACUAAGGUGAACAAUUUUCAGAUUUAUUUAAGCUUUAUUUGUAUUAAGAAUAAAUAGAAAUUGUUGAAUACUUAAACAUUUUUGUUAAACUGCCUUAAUAUUUGGAAAAGUCUAACUUUUUGCUAAAAAAAAUAAGUAAACAUAAUUUAAGUACACCUAUGCUUUAAUCUCAAAAUAGAUAGCACAACUAGACAACCAACAGAACUAGAUUUUCUAUUGAUGAAAGUCAACAUAAUAAGUUGAAUAGUUUUAAUAAGCUAAAUAAUAACCUAAUAAAUAUAAUUAUUGAAAUUCUUAAAAGUAGGUAGAAAUUCUUGCUUGGAAAAAUUGAAAGAAAGAAAAAAAACUAUGUCAAAGCAAUAGAGUAUUUAACUUAAAGCCUAGAAGAAGGGACACACUACAAUCCUUUCUAAAGAAAAAUAACUCUCUAAAAUCUUAAUGAAUUGUUUAAGUUAACUUCCCUAAAAUAAUAAAAUAUAACUAUUGAAAUAGAAAGCGAAGAAUAAAGUAAUCCAAUCGAUAUAUUAAUAUUGCUUUAAUUAGAUUCAAUUUUACAGUUGUACACAUUUGAAACUUGUAUUGAAUAUAUUAAAUAAUCAGAUUUCUUUAAAUAAGGCGAUAGGGUAAUGAUUAUAGUCUUUAAUACUGAUUUAGAAAUAUUUAUGCCAUUUACUGAAAUAAAAAACGAAAAUCAUUGGAAAUUGGUUAUAAAGUCUCUAUAAAAUUUAUUCAUAUAAUUAAUCUAAAAUCCUAAUCAAGAUCAAAUUUAGUUGAGCUGGUAAGAUGCUCUAUACUAGUCUUUAAAUUACAUAUAUGAUUUUAAAAUAUGGGAUUAAUACCUAGCAAAUGAGUUUUAAAAAUAUAUUAACAAUUAAAGCAUUUUUAAUUAUACUUAAAAAGAUAUAAUAGAUCUCAUUAAAAAACAAAAAGGCUAAUUGCAAAGAAAAAAAAUUGUCCUUCUUUUUUCAAGAGAAUAAGAUAAUUGGUAAUAAAAUAGAGAUUAAGAAAUUUUAAUUAAAUAAAAAAUACUCAACUUACCAAAGCCAAUUGUCUAUCACAUGAAAGAUUAUUAACUUAUUGAUAAUGAUUAAAAUCAAUUCAAAUCUGAGUGCUAUGUUUAUGAAUCAUUUUAAGAAGAAAUUUAAUUCGUUAAAAAAGUAAGUCGAUUAAGAAAUAUUGAAAAAUUUAAUCAAUAAUAUGAAUUUUUGUCGAUUCUUAAUCACUCUUGA